GUUUGGUUGGGAGUGUUUACCGUCUAGCGAUGGUACUGUCAAGCGCUCGUGCAAUCAGCGAGAGUUAAUGCAGUGAAGUUGUUGCUAGUUCGAACGCACGUGCAGAUCAGGGAACGUUUGUGUCACUCGAAAGCGAGUAAGAGAGUGAAUUUACCGACCGGUGAUACCAAGUGAUGAUUGUAUUUGCUCCGUGGUGUUCAUCUUGCAGUAGAUCAGCAAUCAUAAUCAAUGUUUCAGACAUGCCGCCUCUGGAAUCUCAGUAUUGCAAGCGUGCUAGCGUUAACACUGUCCAAUGUGUUCCUUACGGUGCGGUUGCUGCACAGCGGAGACUGCAACCAGUACAGCAGCGGUGUGGACGAGGGCGUCUCGAUGGUUCCGCGCGCCCCAAUACUGACACCGGCCACCUGCCUGGAGUACGUGCUGGCCGAAAGUCUCGCCAACAGUACGGAUAAGGCCGUCUUCUCCGGGCUGGAUCUCCGGUUGGGACGCUGGGAUACACGCCGUCUGUACAAGGUGUUCGACUUCGCUGUGGUGGGCGAACGCUACCCGGAGCUCUCCGAUAGCUACAGCGUGUGUCUAGCGACACAGAGCUCGCUGGAGAAGAUAUACUCGCUCGUCCAGGUGUCCCACCACUGGUCCGGACCCAUCUCGACCGCAAUAUUUGCCGCCGGCAACGAUGAGCUGUACCUGCUGCAGAUCUAUCUCUCCUACCUGCGGGCCUGCUUUCGCCCGAUCCGGGAGCGGGUUAGCUUUCAUCUGGUGCUGCCAAAGGAGCGCACACCAACGCAUCUGAAGAGCGUACACGUAAGCGAUUUCACCAAGUUCGACUGUGCCAAACCGGAAGCGACCCUGAACGAUUUGCUCAAGCUGCGCAAACCGGACACGAGCAAGUGGCGCAUCAAGAAUCCGUACCCGCAGAACCAUCUGCGCAACGUCGCCCGGAAGGGUUGCCAGUGCAGCCACGUGUUUCUGACGGACGUUGAUAUCGUGCCGAGCGUUAACUUUGCCGAGCAGCUGGACAAGUUCCUGCGGAAGCAGAAACCGCACCAUCUGACGGCGUUCGUCGUGCCGACGUACGAGCUGGACGAGCGGGUACGGUUCCCGCGCAACAAGACUGACCUCAUACGGCUGGCAAACAAGGGCCUGGCGCGCCCAUUCCAUCACAAGGUGUUUAUCUACAACCAGUUUGCGACAAACUUUUCGCGGUGGCAGGCGGACGUUUCCGAAAGCGACGAAACGAAGGUGUCGCACAACGUGACGAACUUUGAGUUUCUUUAUGAACCGUUUUAUGUUGCACCCGACACGGUACCGCCGCAUGAUGAGCGUUUCCUUGGUUAUGGUUACACGCGCAAUACGCAGGUGUACGAAAUGUUUGUGGCAGGCUAUCAGUUCCAGGUACUGACGCCCCUGUUUACCGUGCACUGGGGCCUGCAGAACAAGAAGAGCCGACCGGCGUGGCGCGAACGUCAGAACAACGUCAAUCGCAAGUACUUCGAGGUGUUUAAGCGCGAAGUGUUUGCACGCUACCACAAGGAUCCGCUGCGAAUGCUGCUGCCGAAGAAGUCCCCGAAGCAGCAGCACGGGCCGGGUGCGGUCGGGCCCGGUGUGGCCGGUGUUGCGGUCGGUGCUGGGGAGAAGCAUUAGUAACAAGAAGCAGAAGAACGGGGAAUGUUGCGUUAUAGAUAAACACGAUUCGAUCGGGUCGCGUCGGCGAGUACGGCAGUGAAACAUGUAAAUUAAUACAAAAGAAAAAAAAAACCGAUCACAAAUGAAGACAUCACCCGGCGCCCGGUACAAAUGAUAGGCAGUCCACCCGUUGGCAGUAAGGCAUGUUGAUAGCUUUUCACCGUUCCACACACUACUAGAGUACUCUGUUCGCCAGGAUGUGUUGCACGGAGCGUGUGCGAGCAAACGCUGUUCCGCACGUGCAGCAGUGCAGGUUUAAGGCUACUAUCCCUAUUGUUCUCUUCGCUCUUCACGUCCAUGUUGUUUGUAGUGCCACCCAAGCAAAGCAAAGCAGGCCGAGCCGAGUUCGUUUGUUCGAGCCAGAAGUACAGACAAACUGGCACGCAAUAAUUACUAUCCAAAACAUAAUAAUACUAUGUAAUUUUUCGUUUAUGUUCAUUCGUUCCGGCAGAUAAUAGCAAACUAUUGGAAGGUAAAACCCAAAAAAAAACCAACCGUUUAAGAAGCUUAAGCACGGCAAAGGGUAAGUGUUUUCCAAGGGUAGAGCUGUAUUUCACGUGCAAAUGUUGCAGUUUUAGGUGUUUAGGUUAUGAGUCACCUCGUUUACAAAAAAAAAAGAAAAAACAUUCUAGAAACUAUAAUCCCCGUACAAAGAAUGCUACCACCAAAAGGCGUUUAACCGUACAGGCUACGGGCCGCAAAAUGGCAGCCACCGGCGCCAUGUUUAGAUAAAUUGUAAACCCAAACUUGAUCUCACGCGUUGGAGAAAAUCGAAGUCUUAUGCUUUGUGCUAAAAUGAAACUAAUCCCUAGCGCCUAGACUUAUUUGUUGAUGUUCGUCCGUUGUAUAUAGGUAUUUUGUAAGGCGUAGGAUGUGACGAAAGUAAAUGCCAUAAAUAAAUGUGACGAUUUUUGAAUUUUCA